AUGACAACAGCAGCUAGGCCGAUUGAACCUGCGAGAGGUGGGAGAAGAAAAGGAGAAGGUGAUUUGAGCCAACUCUCAAAGCAAUAUUCGAGUAGAGAACUACCUUCUCAUACAAAGAUAAAAUAUAGACAAACUACUCAGGAUGCCCCUGAAGAGGUUCACAACCGUGACUUCAGGAGAGAGCUUGAAGAGAGAGAGCGAGCUGCUGCAAGAGAAAAAAAUAGAGAUCGUCCAACACGAGAACAUACAACCUCCUCUUCAGUAUCAAAGAAACCUCGAUUAGACCAGAUUCCUGCUGCCAACCUUGAUGCAGAUGACCCUCUAACGGAUGAGGAAGACGAAGAUGAAGAUUUUGAGGAGGAGAGUGAUGAUGAGGAUACUGCAGCUCUUCAUGCAGAACUAGAAAAAAUUAAAAAAGAAAGAGCUGAAGAGCAGGCCAGGAAGGAACAAGAACAGAAAGCUGAAGAAGAAAGAAUACGUAUGGAAAACAUUUUGAGUGGAAACCCUCUCCUUAAUCUCACUGGCCCAUCCCAGCCUCAGGCCAACUUCAAAGUUAAAAGAAGGUGGGAUGAUGAUGUUGCUUUCAAGAACUGUGCAAAAGGUGUAGAUGAUCAGAAGAAAGACAAAAGAUUUGUAAAUCAUACGCUGCGAUCUGAAUUUCACAAAAAGUUCAUGGAGAAAUAUAUUAAAUAGUACAGUUUUAUGUGCUUAAUUAAAGACUGUAAAAUGUAAACGAUCAUUCUCACUUUUUCUUCUGUUUUUCUCUUUCCCCAUCUAAAUUGUGUAUAGGCUUCCCUAAUUUUAAGUUCCAAAAUAACCUGUCCUUUAUUGAUACCUUAUUUGAUGAGGACUUGGGAAUUGGUUUAACCUAGUUUCCUCGGAAUACCUCCAGUCAUAUGUUUUCCUUUUAAUAUGGGAAAGGGAAUCUUGUAAUAAAUAUUUUCAAAAAUCGAAAUAACUAAA